UACCAUUUACCGAGAAAAAAUAGUCGCCGCUGACCAACAAACGCUUUUUCCCGCGUUUGCCAGCUGUUCUUUGCCCGCACAAGGAUUUGUGACACUCCAACACACCUCACUCACACCUCACACACCCUCACACACCCCUCCAGCCCCCCUCCUCCCCACUGACAGGCAAAGGUAUACCUUUGCAUACCUCCUCUCUCUCCCUCCCUCCCGUAGUCAACGUACGACAUGAGUGGUGAUCCGUCCGAGUACUCAGUGGUGGCGGAAGCGCUGAAAAGGUUCGGUCGACCCGAGCUGCUCUCUCUGGCCAAAGUAGCCGAACUGCGGAAUGAUGUACUUCCGCUCAUCACCGCCGAACAACUCGCUUCGCUCGCUGGCCUUCCUCUCGGUGUCGCCGUGCACAUUGUUGCCUCUGUCGCCUCAUCGACUGCCGCUGGCGCCUCGACGACGGCUGGCGCUACGGCGGCGGCUGGCAAGUCGGACUCGUCAUUGCCCUCGCUCUCCCGCAGCGUCUCGCGGCAGAUGACCGAGCGGUUCACGGUAGAGGUGGCGACUGGGCGUGUCGAGUUGGCGGCCGAGGAAAGCGAUGGAAAGUCGUCGCUGCCGCAGCUGUGGACGUCUGGGCGCAACCAUGCUGUGGUGCGGGUGAACGCCGCAGCGUUGGAGAUGCUCGGCGCAGGCGGCGUGGACGAGCUCGAGGGUAAGGUCCUCGCAGAUCUGGUGCCGCCCGAGUAUGGCCAUGCGCUGGUGCUGAUGCAAGAAGGCUUGCAGCGUGUAGAGGGCGUGUAUGGGCCGGUGCGGAUCGAGGUGGCGGUGGGCAGCGAGUCGCGUCGGUUCAUGGAGCACUCGGCCAUUGCCAUGGACGACGCCACGGCCAUGCACCUGUUCAACCCGGUCGAUGUAGGAUCGGGCAGCGAGUCGGGCACGGCGGCGGCGGCGGUGCAGGACGAGCAGACCGCGCGGCUCCUUCUGGAUGUCUUCUCGCGGGCAGGCAACGUGCACGACAAGACCGAGCGCGGGCUAGAGAUUGUGGGCCGGCGGCUGGGAGUAGACAUGGCUAUUUUCUCGCGCGUUGUUGACGAGGUCUACGAGGUCAUGGCCAACUGGGAUGCGUCGGGCGGGCUCAAGGACGGCAUGACGUUCCCGCUCGGCAACACGUACUGCUCGAUCACGCUCGCGACGGCGUCGCAGGUCUCGAUUCCGGUCUGGUCGUCGUCGCCGUACCGGAUGCACCCGUGCUUUGAGGCCUUUCAACUCGAAGCGUACAUCGGAACGCCUGUCGAGUCGCAAGGCAAGACGUUCGGCACAGUCAACUUUACCUCCAAGUCUCCGCGAGCUGUGCCGUUUACCGAAGGCGAGCGGUACGUGGUCAAGCUGCUGGCGAUGCUUGUGGGGCGGGCGCUCGACGAGGCCGCGCUCGACCAGGCGCUGGCGGACCUCGCAGCUCUCAACGACUCGCUCGACCUCAAGGUCCAGGAGCGGACGGCGGCGCUCGAGGUGAUGGCCGCCAAGGCGCGCGAGGCGUCCGAGGCCAAGUCGCACUUUCUGGGCGUCGUCUCGCACGAAAUUCGCACUCCGCUCCAUGGCAUGUCGGCCAUGAUCGACUUUCUCCACGACACGCAGCUCGACGAGACCCAGACCCAGUUUGUGGACACGGCGCGAUCCGAGGUGGCCAACCUCCGGACGCUUGUCGAGUCGAUCCUCACCUUUACCCGUGCGUCGGACCCUGCGCGCGAGCUCGAACGCGGCCAGCUGGCGCUCGGCGAGGUUGUCCGCUUCAAGCCGGGCGAGAUGCUGGAGCAGGCCGUCCGUGUGCUCGAGCCCAAGGCUGCAGAGGUCAAUGUCCAGCUUCGGCUGGAGCUCGGGCGUGCGCUGAAGGCCGGGAAGGAUGUUGCGCAGGCGCGCGGUGCGCUCUCGCGGAUUUGUCUCAACCUUGUGGAGAACGGUAUCAAGUACCGCCGCAAGUCGGGCGUCGAGCCGUUUGUGACCAUUUCUGGCGGCCUCAAAGCGGGCAAGGACGGCCAGCCCCAGCUGGUUAUUCAGGUCCACGACAACGGCGUUGGCAUGUCGCAAGCGGUCAAGGACACGGCCUUUGAGCCGUUUUCGCAAGGCCGUAUGGACCACCAACGCGAGUACGGCGGCCUUGGCCUCGGCCUCUCGAUCGUCAAGCAGCUGGCAGACGCCAUGGGCGGCAGCAUCGAGCUCAUCUCGGACGUUGGCUUGGGCACAACGGUGACCGUCACUGUGCCGGCGCAGGCCGAGAACUCUAACCCAGACGCCAAUGAGCACGAUCUUCGCAACAUCAGCGCGAUCGACUUUACCGACUUGGAUGCCUCGACCGAGCAGACCGACGAAGACGAGGGUGAUGGCAGCGCGUCGCCAGCGGCCGUCGGCUCGGACGGCAAGCCGCUACUCAAAGUGCUGAUGGUCGAUGACGUGCUGACCAACCGGCUCAUUGUCUCGCGGAUGCUCAUGCUCUACCCGGACGCCUCGUGCGACGUUAUGGAGGCUGUCGAUGGCACCAAGGCGCUCAAGCAGAUCCGCGCCCUCUUGCCCUCUGUCUACGACGUCAUCCUCAUGGACGUUUCCAUGCCGCUCAUGAACGGCCUCGACGCCACUCGCCACAUCCGCGAAAUCCCCGAGUACGCUGACGUGCCGAUCAUCGGCGUCUCAGCUGCCGCCGCCGAGAAGGAAUGUCUCGAGGCCGGCAUGACGUUCUUCCUUGCCAAGCCGUUCUCGCAUGAGGUCUUUGCCGCAGUUCUCCGCGCAAACGUGCGAAGGUGAUGAAGCCAACCGCCCCCUCCCGCCACGUGUCUUUGCUGUGCUUUUUCAUUCAUUAUUUCAGCCCUCGACAAUGAUGUCGGCCGCGACGGCGAGCGCCGAGUCGAGAAGAUAGUCGCCGCGGUUUGACCGGAGGUGGGCAAGGGUCGCUUCGGCGAGGACGUCAGGAGCAAUCUGGGACACCCCGUGCGGGGCAGCACCGGUAAAGACAAGCGAGAAGCCGGAGA